GAGCUGGUAACACACAGAAAAAUCGAUGCUUGUAUGUAGUAAUACAUCGUCACAAAUUUCAUGAUCGUUCCGAAUGAGUUGGUGAUUUAUAUGCGCAUAAUAGUUCAUCAAGGCAAUAUCGAACCUAAUCCGGGAUAAUAUCAUUUUAAUAUCAAGUGGUUGAAUUAUUAAAAACGAAGAUGAUGGGAGCGGUGAGAAUGGGCUCGCCCACAAAUGGUCCUAUGUUCAGAACUGACGUGCUGGGAACAAAAUCAGGGGCAUUUACAAAGAUGAGAUAUCUUCCAAACAGAGUUCCAGAUGAAACAAAACAUCUCGUUGAUUCGGUGCUUGAUCUGGAUACAAGUAAAGUACUGAACACUCUUGGAAUAUUCAAGCUCUUCUUGGUUGUUCCAAUGCUCAUCCUCGGGAUAAUAUUAAUCAGCAUUAACAGCGCGGAAAUUCAACAAAAUGAAAUAGAAGAUUCUAUUGUAGCUCGUCGUAACUUGACACAUGUUAUUUUACUGGAAGAUGAACCAGAGGAAUUGAGACCUACACGAAUUGGGAACGAAAGUUUAGCGCCUGUGUGGACAGGAAUCAUGUUGGCGGCAUCAGCUGCAACGGAUUUCAUCGCCGUUUGGAGGCGUCGCGGUUCAACGAUCAUUCUUUACAUGUUGACGUCAACGGUUACUUUCGUGGCUUCGAUUCUUUGCAUCGAAUAUGAUAGAUUGCAGAUGACAUUCAUAUUGAAAAACAAACAACACGAAGGACAUUUAUUUAAAUACAGAAUAUAUCUUGCAUGCGUUGUUCUGGCUUCAAUCGCCGUUUCGGUGAGCGUACUUUCAAUAUACGUAGGGUCAAGGAUGGGUGCAUUAGAAGAAUCUCGCCUUUACAUGGAGAGAGAGGGAAAGAACGCAGUUUUGAAAAAGAAAGAUAAAAUGGCGUGGUCUGCCGGAGUGUUGUGGCUUGCAAAUACAAUCAUUCGAAAAAACCGCCCGGCAACAAAUGGUCGAGAACACAUGCGCGGCGAAUUUGUUUCGGAAGAAAACAUUUCGGAGACAAGUGGAGAAUCCAUGUGGAACGAAGGAAAAUCGCCAUCACACCUCGUUCUGGCUCCACAAAAUUUAUAUCGUCAAGGAGAAGUAACGACAAAGUCGGAACAAACAAGGAUGCUUCGAAAAUCGGAAAAUACAACAUUGACUCGGGUGACAGAUUGAACAGAUAUCAAACGAAUGAUUCAAAAAGAUCGCGUUUACGGCGAAUGGAAAAGCUGAACGAGCAACAUCUACGAUGGCAAAAGAAACGACAAUGAUAACCAAUCAUUACUAAUUCUACGUCGCGCAUGGACACGCAUUCUACAACAUACAUUCAACAAGACAGCUAUACUCAAAUAUAUGGACACAUAGAGCCACAUAAUUUUGAUGACGUCAUAGCGAAAAAAAGUAAUUGCCUUCUGGAGAAAAAUUCUAUCUUCAACCACUGAAAAUUUCAAAGCAAUUGGUCC